AGCAGGAGGAUCGAGGCAGUGAGUGAGUGAGUGAGUGAGUGUCUCUGCCUGUGACCCGCGCAGAAAUCUCAGCAGAAAUCCGGGAUUCGGACCUAAAACCAAUGAGACAAACCAGCUCGACUGUCACUUAUGAGACCCAAACAUGUGAUCUGGACCUGCGGCUUCGCUGUUUAGGAGAUCAACCUCGGCGGCUGCGCAGAUGAUAGUCUUCAUGACGGCGCUAUUGGUGGUCCUCUAUCAACUCACAUGUCACCGGAACCAGCGAGUGAAAGACGGCCAGAUCCAGAUCUGUAACCUGUGUCGAGACAACCCCAAAACUCAGCUGUGGCUUUCCUUCUUAAUUCUGAGCUUCCUGACUACGUGCACAAGUGCUGAAUCUGAAAUAGAAGACCUCUUGACUUGUUUGGAGGAGCUGAAUAGCACCCUUCAGAAGUCAGAUGCAAUGCUGUACACAGCGCCUUUAAGUGAUGUUGAGAAAUGUAAAGACAAGGUGCUGCGUUGUUACAUGGUGGAGUUGAUAAUGGUCAUUUUGGAGGAGCAGAUUAAUGACAGUAAAACAGACUGCUUAUAUCAUUUCAAUGACGACCUCAAACCAGAGGUUGGUUGUCCGCAGUGUGAAAUGUAUUCUCUUCAAAACAUUUCCACAUUCCUAAGAAUGUUGACUAAUACUUUACAAAGAAUUAACAGCAUGUAAAUGUUAUGAAUUAAAUUAAUAGAUGUAUUAUUAUUAUAAAUAAUUGAACAAAAUGUGAUGUAAAUAUGAUGUAAAUCUUUAUAUAUUUAUAAAUAACUGCACAUGAAUAUUUUGUAAAGAUAUUGUUUCUAAGGAUGAAAACUGUGAUAAUGUUCUCAAGGUUUUAUACUCUGUUUAUGCUAAAUUUGACGAUUAGAAUGUAUGUGGUGACAGGCUUUUUUUUGUUGUUUGUUUUACCGAGGAACGACUCUUGCACUGUAUGCACAGAUAAAACACUGCUUUUCCAACUACAUAUGCAGUAUUUACUCAUAUAUCUCAUUGUAUGAUUUAUUUUGUUAUAAUGUAUUUUAAAGUUACCAAAAAACACUCGGCGAAGAAAAGAAAGCAACAGAAAAGAAACAAAAUUUGUAUGCAGUUGUGCUCUGACUGUCUGCAUGGCACUGAGGCGGUUCGCUGUUAAAGAUUAAUAAAGCAUGAAUUUGAUAGUACCACUUCCUCGGGUACUAACCAAACAUA